AUGUGUAUCGAAAACUUCAUUUUAAAAUCAACAGCGGCCAUUUUAUCGAUCUCAAUAGCAACCAUAACAGAAAAACGCCAAUCAACACAUCUGACUGUUAGAGCUACAUGUAUAAAAACUGAUGAAUCUAGUCUCCGAUGUCAUGAAAUUCAAGAACCAAGAAAAAUCCGUGAACCAAGUGCAGUACACUCUCAGCGUACUGUGCUAGAUCCAGAUGUUGAUAUUUAUAUUAAUUGA